AUGGACCAAUCCGUGUACUGGGAUGCUCCCGAGUAUCAGCCUGAGCAGGGCGACGCACAUGAGGAGGAGCUUCCCUUCGUGGACGUUCCCUUGGACGACAACCCGCCUCCUGCCUCUCCCUCUUCUGUCCACGAUGCUGAUGAGGAAUGGGACUUUCUAGAUCAGCAGCGGUUUGACGCUCCGAACACCCCUUCGUCCACGAGCGAGGAUGCGCCUCAACAACCCGCCUUCGACCGCAAUGUUGGCAGUGACGACGAGGUCGAAACCCCAGAGCAGGCUGCCCCUCGGCGCAAACCUGGCGGCUACGAGAGUCGAAUCGAACAGAUCUUGUACGAGAACCCGAGCCUGCCUAUCCUGAUCACAGAUGCGGGAAAGAGCGCAGAGAGUGGCGGAAAGUACAUCGUCUAUACCAUCCGCACCGGUAACCUCGAGGUCCGCCGUCGAUACUCCGAGUUCGCGACCCUUCGCGAUGCGCUCACCAGGCUUCAUCCCACCCUCAUCAUCCCCCCUAUCCCUGAGAAGCACACCAUGGCCGACUAUGCGGCCAACCCCACCAACGCGAAGCAGGAUCAGCAGAUCAUUGACCUGCGAAAGCGCAUGCUAGCCGUGUUCCUAAAUCGCUGCCGCGUCAUGAACGAAGUCAGAGAAGACGGUGUCUGGUGGCGGUUCCUUGACCCUAACGCUAGCUGGAGCGAGGUCCUCAACUCACAUCCCAUCUCGUCCAUCCCGAAGUCGGUCCUGCGGGCCCCGCCCUUGGAUCCCGCCAACGCUUCUGCCGCCCACAGCUAUCUCCCUGUGCCUUCGAGCUCAGCCAAGCUCAAGGCUGGCGGAGGUCACACCGACCCCUCGUCGUCUUAUGGACAGGGAACUCCCCAUGGCCGUUUCCCGCCCGACAACAGCAACCUCACCGAGGAGCAGCUAGAUCCUUACUUCAAUGCAUUCGAAGCUUCCAGCAAGGACCUCGAGUCACUCCUCACAGGUCCGAUGGAAAAGGUCAACCGCCGAACCGUCAGCCAUCUGCAGUCUCUGGCUGCCGACCUGUGCGAUCUCGGCUCCCGCUUCAACGGUUUUGCCCUGUCAGAGCCGUCGGCCACGCUAGGUCCAGCCAUCGAGAGGGUCGGCCAGGCUGCCGACUCUUCCUACAUUGCGACAGAGGAGCUUGCGGGUUCCCUAGGAGCUAGCUUUGCAGAGCCGAUGCGCGAGAGCGCGCAAUUCGCCGGGGUUGUCCGGAAUGUACUCAAGUACCGCCAGUUGAAGCGUAUCCAGCAGGAGCAGACGAAUGAUGAGCUGAACAGAAAGAAGGCGCAGCUGGAGGAGCUUGAGCGGAGCGAAGCUGAGUCGAAGCGCAUCGAGCAAUACCUUAACAGCAGUCAGGUGCACACGCCUCCGCCUAAGCGAUCGACCAGUCUUAGAGAGACGGGCACUUCGCCCCAGUACUCAAGGGAGACCGAGGACACAGCUUCGAUUGAUUCCGACUUCCCUCCGACACACGGCGAACCGGCUCCUUCGGCAAGUCAAGGCAUCCCGCAGAGAAGCAACUCGAGCCCCGGCCAUAGAAAGGUACAGAGCAACAACUCGAUCACCAACAAGAUCUUUGGUCCCAUCCGCCACGCCAUCCAGGGUGUUGCGGACGUUGAUCCCGAGAGAACCCGUCGCGACCUUAUCGGUAAGACACGGGAGAGCAUUGAGCAGCUGCAGCAGGCACAGGUUGCGUCCGAGCACGACGUGCAGGAUGCCAGUCUCAGCAUCCUGACGGACCUCAAGAGGUUCCAGGCGGACAAGGAAGAAGACCUUCGCCGCUACAUGUUGGCGUACGCAAAGAGCCAGAUUGAAUGGGCGAAGAAGAACCAGGAGACCUGGAAGGAGGCCAAGGCCGAGAUCGACAAGAUCGACGAAAGUUGA